CAGCCCCGGGGGGGGUCCCCCCGGCCCCCCCAUUGCCGGGGGGGGGCUCGGGGGGGCCCGGGGGGGGCCCCGGGGGGGUCUCUGGAUUCGCCGCCGCCAUCGCGGGGGCAAAACUGCGGAGGGUGGGGAAGGACGAAACCCCCCCCAGCGGGGGGGCCCCCCCUGCCCCCCCCAAGGGCGAGGGUCCCCCCCGGGUGGGGGGGACCGGGGGGGGGCUGAUGGAGGAGAUGAGCGCCAUGUUGGCCCGGCGGAGAAAAGCCACGGAGCAGGUGGAGAAACCCCCCAAAAGGGACGAUGACGUCAUCAAUGACGAGGCGGAGCCGGGCACGAAGAGCGCGCCCGCGGAGCCCGUUCGGAGGCUGUGGGAGAAGUCGAGCUCCACCCUCCCCAGGAUGAAAUCGGCCGUUCCUGCCCCUCCCCCCUCCGAGCACCACAGUGAGCCCGACCUGGAGAGACUCAAACUGGAGCUGCUGGAGGAGAUUCGGAGGGAGCUGCAGAAGAUGAAGGAGGAGAUCAUUGAAGCGUUCGUGGCGGAGCUGCGGAAGCGAAACACGCCCUGACCCCCCCCACACCCCCCCGUGAGCCUGGAUUUUGGGGAGGGCCCCCCCCCCCGAGCCCCUCCCCGUCACCAUUUCACCCCCUCACCGCCCUGGGGGGGCUCCGGGCCGGACCCCCCAGGCUGUGCCUUACCAAGGGGGGAGGGGCGGGGCAGCCCCUCCCCCCCACACUGUGCCCCCCCCAUCCCGACCCGAGACCCUCUUUUUUUUUAAACACUUGAAGGGAGGGGGGGGGAGCCCCUCCUUUCCCCCCCUCCCCCUGCCCGGGGUCUUUUUUAAGCCACUUUUUGGGGUUUUCACCUUUAUUUUUGGUUAUUUUGGGGGGGUUUGGGGGUCCCGUCCCACCCCCCCCACACGCACCAAUAAACGGUUUUCUACAGGC